CACAAUCGGCUGUUGAUUUAUCUGUUGGCAACCAGAUACCUCAUCUAUCAUACAUCAUCAAACUACGGUAUCCCUUCUUCUAUUGUACCUCAAAGUUCAAAGAUCAAAGCAUACCAAUCCUAUUGCACCUAGUAUGUUUUCAAAAUACUCGACAUUGGGAAAGCCUGGGAGUAUACGCAUAGCGCUAAUAGCCAAGUAAACAAAUAACUUGGCCGAACCAGUCCCCAGUGCAAUCCCUUAUCCAAGCUAUUGCUCCAGGAAGUCGAAGUUACUAUUAUGUAGAAACCCUGCUUGAGCCCCCUGAAGGACCCUUCAGACCCGGGUUUGAGACUUUUGAUGGGGACGCUGCACAAUUUCGAUGUCUUUUCAAACAACGUUGUCCAUUGCAUUGGUCCAAGUGUCUGGAGCAUAUUAACUUCUUUACUAGCUGUUCGCAAUUGUCCCAUAUCCUAAACUUCCUCAUCAUCCUCCUCCUCAUCUUCUUCCCUUAUCCUUCCCUCUGCGCAAACUUGGAUCCUUAAUCACCUUUGGGUCUUCUCGGAAAAGAUGGCUUCUAUCAUGGAGAAUGCUUCGAUUGAGUCUGCAGCUGCAGUUGCCGUCAACCAUCCCUAUUAUCCGCUUGAGAUGGAAAUAGGUAGUUAUCUUGCAAACGAAUGGACUGUACCUGCUCUCCUGAGCAUAUUUUUCGGUGCUUGCGCUGUGUUGUCAAUAUGUACUCGCACUUUUGUUGCCAGAUCAUAUCCCCUACUGCCAAGCACUGAGAAGGCUGCCAUAUGGUGGUUAGUAUUAUGUAGGUCUUUCCUAUCAGUAUUGUUACGCUCUCUCCUAACUUGGAUUAUAGCUGGCGCAAUCCACCUCCUCUUCGAAGGUAUGCGGCUUCGAAUCAUUUUAUAAAGAACGAUGGCUAAUCGUAGCUUUCCAGGAUAUUUCUCGCUCCAUCACACUCAAAUUAUCAAAGAUCAACAAUUGUUGGGACAACUGUGGAAGGAAUAUGCGCUGAGUGACAGUCGAUAUUUGACAUCUGAUCCGUUUGUCCUUUGCAUGGAAACAGUGACAGCAGUAGGUCAAUUGCGAGGCCUCUCCAUAUUAGCCAUAAUACUAAUAGCUCCCCGUACAGUUUCUAUGGGGACCUAUGUGCUUCGUCGUUGCAGCCUUCAUUGCGACUGGCCAUCCACUUCGACACCCACUACAAAUCAUCGUGACUGUAGGACAGAUAUACGGACUUGUUCUCUAUUAUGCCACCCAUACUUUUGAUUACUAUCACAAAGAAGUCAUUUACUCUAGACCGGAAUUUUUGUACUUUUGGUUCUACUAUUUCUUCAUGAAUUUCCUCUGGAUGAUCUUCCCGGGCAGUAAGUCAAACCUUCCUCUACAGAAGUACAAGCGCUGAUUUUUAUCCAAGUGCUUCUAGUUGACUCCGUACGUACUAUCGCACGCACCUUCACAGAACUGGACAAGGUCAACAACACUAGGAACAUGAAGAGAUUUGCAAAGAAAGCUCAAUGAUUGGUGGAAGGGCAUGGCUGGAGUUGGAUAGAGCAGUAAAUACAGACAUGUCACCCGUGUUCUUACAACAUACGUGUUACGGCCUAUUCUAUCAUGGGGAAGAUGAAGGGAGCGUUAUAGAUUCGAAGACUAUAGUUAGAUGACAGGAUAUAUAGACUGCUGCCGAGGAAACAAUUCAUGCAUGUUGAAGAAGAGCACACAUGUCGGUCAAAAGGAAUCUAGGCCUUCAUCCGCGUAUAUAUAGAAUUCCUAGAAUGAUGUGUAAUCAGUAGAA